GAAAUCUUCUCAGAAUUCAGCUUUCGACGCAACUGCCUCCUCGUCCCCAGAGACUGUGUCUCGCUGCGCCGUCCGCUGCUCGCUUCCUCGCGUCGAUUCUGCAAGGAGACACCGUCGGAGACACACGCGGCGAAGAAUCGCUUCGGCACAGAGAGCAAAAAAGACGCCGAGCAGUCGCGGAAAGAGUGGACCUGAGAGAAGGCGAACUGAGGAGAAGAACUUGGAAAGUCGCAGACAAAACAAAUGUGAAGACGCAGAGGCCGCGCCUUGCUGUCACAGGGGAGACUUUGUCCGUCGGUCAACAAGAAGGGGGCUCUCUGCCGCGCGCGCCGGACUCGCGUUCGUCUCAGGCGAACGUGUGACCGUCUUCGCUUUUCUUCAUGUUUCAAGGAUCUCUCUCUUGUCCUUGCUUUGCUUGUCUCAUGAUUUUUCUCGUCGACUCGCAUUCGACUGUCUCGACCUCCUCGGAUAAAAGAGAGUGACCCUUCCCUACACCUCUCCCCGCGGACUCAAGAAGCGUCUCCGUCCGACUCUUGUUCUCUCCUCCACCUUUCUUCUCUUCUCCAUCUAUCUUCUCUUCUCCAUCUAUCUUCUUCUUCAUCUUUCUGCCUCUCCAUCUUUUUUUGCUCGAUCUCUCGCGCCUUCAAAUCUUCUCCUUAGCCUCCUCUCUUCUUCCUCUUCUCCUCGGUCUUCGCUCUCUUCUCUUGUCGCACUCUUGUCCUCUCUCCUUUCGUCUUUCGAUCUCUCUUCUUCUCCACACCCGUCUUCUUCUCGCGUCUCCUGUCUGGCCCUCCUUCUCGCCUCGCUGGCUCGCAAGGCCAACGGCGACUGCGUGUAAAGCCUCCUGGAGGAGAACCGGGAUGGCGAAUUCGUAAAUACAGGAGGAAAGAGAGAGGAAGAAAGAGUAAAAAAGAGAGAAGACGAGAGAGAGACACGAGAGGGAGAAAGGGGGAGAGAAGAGGAAAGAAAGACAGGACAGAGGGAGACGGAGAAACGGGAAGCCUCUACACUGGGGAGGCAUGUGCGGACAAAGACUUUGUUCAAAGAAAAGGUGCAGAGACGAGAGCAAGGAAAAACCAAGAGAGAUGGAUAAAAAGACAGAGGAAGCUUCGUUGCCUUCUUGCGCUGCAGAGGAGGGACUUGAGGAAGGAACGCUUUUUCUCUGAAGUCAUCAGAACCCCCGCCUUUUUCUAUUCUUCGUCCUUUGGUUUGGCUCGGCCAUCGUCUUGUCAGACGGCUCUGUUUUUUCUUUGAUCAUGGCGUUAAUUUCUGCCUCGGAUUUGCCUGCUCGACUCAUGCCGGGGCGCGCCGUGUGUCAGUCGUUGUUGUAUUCUCUCCCGCGCCUAUCGCUGUCGAGCGGGCAGCGCCAGUCUUUUUCUCUCUCUUCUUCCUCGCUUUCGUCUUCUGCAUCGCCUCCAUCUUCGUUUCCCCCUCCGGAUCCUUAUCUUUCUUCUUCUCGUCUUUCUUCUUCUGUUUCUCCUUCGCUUUCUUCCUCUUCAGCUCCGAUGUCGCCUCCUGUCCCCUGCUGUUCUCGGUCCUCCCCGUCGAAAGGCGAGGCUCGGAUUUUUGCUGUCUCUCCGCGACGAAGACUGCGAUCCCUUUCGUUUCUGUCUUUUGUGUUUCUUUCUCUCUUUUUCUUUUCAACUUCUUUCGCUCCAACCUUGGCAGCUGCGGCCUUGUCUGGCCGCGGCGCCCGUACAAAACCUCCGCGAGAGGACGCCGCACUCGACCUCUCUGUUCCGCUCUCGCGGUGGAUCGAGGAAGUCGCUGCCAGAGCGUCGGAAGGGAGGAGACUGCAUGCGGUCGACAGGGACAGAGAAACGUCUUACGCCGGUGAGGAAGCAAGCGAGGAAAAAGUUCGUUCUCCGCCGCGAGUUUCUCUCUCAGCUCCUUCGGAGCAACGCCCUCAUUCGUUGAAGACCGACGCCGUCGUAGCACACCCCUCUCUCUCGCCUUCAUGGUCCUGCCUCCCCGAUGCAGCCUGUCCUUCUUCUUCUGCUCCUUCGUCUUCGGAUUCUCCUUUGGAUGCUCUGCUCCCCUCUUCAGAGAGCCUCGCCUUGGUCGCCCCCCCCGAGCUGCCUCCACCUGUUGUGAACAUUGACCCUGACCGUCGCGUGUCUUCUCUCCAUCUUUUUCCUGAAUCCUUCACCAAGGAUAAGGAUCCGAAUGUCUCUCCUCCUUCUCCUCCUUCUCCUCCUUCUGCUCCUCCUUCUUCUCCUGUGUCUCCGUGGACGGCGUUUCUUCAGAGACACUGCGGGGUGGAGAGAGGGAAGCGCGGACCGAGGAGCGAGAAGUCUUUUUUCUCGGAGUUUUGGGAGACAGCCGCGGUGCCCGCGCUGACUCUGUCGAAGAACUGGUUCUCUUCCGUCUUCAAACAUCUGCGAGAGAAAAGCCAUGUCGUCGCACUGCUCUCGGCGAUCACUCGGGUGUACGUACACCAGCAGAGUGAGGCGCUGAGGUCGGCGUUCGCAGACACCGAGGUCACGACAGAACCGCGCAUGUCUGAAGGACGCGAAAUCCCUUCCGCGUCUUCCUCAACUGUCUCUCGCUCGUCCCAGUUGCUGCCCUGCUUCUCGGAGCCGUUCGCCUGUCGCCGCCCUGUGCCUUGGUCACUCGUCGGUGCCAUUGCGCGUUACUUUCUCGUCUCCCUUUUCUCCUUUUUGUUGCUCUUGCUGCUUCCUUUUCUGCUGCUGCGUCUCGUCCGGCCCCUGCUGUCCGCCGCGCUGCCUGCGGAGUCCAGCGAAGAGGCCUGCUUCUCCAUGUUGUCUUCGAGUACACCUUCCUCGCCUUGCUUCCACGCUCCAUCGCUGCUCUUCCCAGUCUCACCUGUGCACUCAGACGCCUCCAGUGUAUCUGACGGGUCGCCAGCUUCUCGCGUGUCUGCUGCCUCUUCUCACUACGCCCGCCUGCUUCUCAGAUGUCCCUCCACGCUCUCUUCCGCUUCUUCGGCGCAAACCGCCGCCAGCAAGUCUCUCCUCUUCCUUGCCCUCGUCGGGAUCUUCGCUGCGCUCUUCACUGUCAGCUCUUGGGCUGUUUCUGACCAGAUCGACGCGUCGCUCUGCGCCAUCGCGCAAGCAGUGGAUGCCUUCGGCCGCGAGGCUGCAGAGAGCGCGUUCUCUCCCCAGACGAAAGCGCACGCAGCACAUGAGCAGAAGCCGACGGAGUUGGCUCUCCGAAACCUAAGGACGCAGGCGCGAACAGAUGCGAGAGAAGAAGGAGAAGAAGGGGAAGAAGGGAGAAAAGAAGAGGAAGAAGGGAGAAAAGAAGAGGAAGAAGGGAGAAAAGAAGGGGAAGAAGGGAGAAAAGAGACGGUCGAACAAGCUUUUCUGGAAGGUAAGGGAGGAGCGGAGACACGACUUCCGAGAACAAGCGAAGGAGAAGAGAACGCAGAGGCCUCCCGAGAGUUUGCAGGAAUCGCUGGAUUGAGUCGACAACUCGACGCGCUUGCACUCGCAUGGGCCUCAGCUGCGUCCGCGUACUCAGAGUUCUUUUCCGACAACGACGACACCCGCUCGCUGGCUGGUGGAAGAGACGGCGUAGGCAGCAGGCGAGGAAUACGCUCGUUUCAUGGCGAAGAGCGAAGCGUGCAGACGUCGCAAGCCGCAACCGAGAGCAGCCAAGAGACAGGAAAUGGCGGAGGCGAAGAGGAUUCCAAAGAGCAAAGAAAGAGAGAAGCGCGAGAGAGACGACGCUGGCGCCUCCCCUGGAGGGAGGACGGCGAGAACGAAACGCGACGGGGAAAGGAGAGACUCCCUUCGUUCGGUGUGAGUGAAGAAGCGAAUCGGAGACAGAAUGGGAUGGGAGAGACGCGUUUCGAGUCCGAGGAGAUUCUUCGCGGUCUGAGCUCCGCCGUGGAACUCGCAGUGGAACUCGAGACGCGCUGGGCAUCUCGUCAGCGUCUCCUCUCUCUGGACUGUGUGCCUGCAAGGAACGACGAAAGAGAGGCUUGCUCCGGCCUCUUGUCUGGAGGCAAGAGUCCGAACAGAAAAGGCUUCUGGGCAACGAAAUGGCGCCGCUGCCUCGGCCGCCUCCGGACGCUCUGCGCCUCGGCGUGGACCUGUUUCCGGUCGAGCUACCAUGAACGCGCGAAGACACUACAGACACCGGAGGAAUGCUUUUCGGCGGGCACUGAAUCGCGAGAGCAGAGUCUGAGAGAUGCCCGAGAAAGGGGGGAGAAGGGCAGUCUCGUGGAGCCAGUUGCUUCGGAAGCCUUCUCCUCCAAACCACGCGUGAGGCGUUGCAGCUUGCGGCCGCAUGCGCCGAGCGAAAGUCCGCAGGAGUCGGGCAGAGUCCGAGAGCGAGGAGACCUCUGUGAGACCUGGAGGCGACCUCGAGAGACUGUGGGGUCUUUUUCGCGAGAGGCAGAGGCGCGGAGCAAGCUGGAGAACGCACUCGACGCGAGUCGUUCGCUGGUCAGUCUGCUGCGGGAUUCGCGAGGCUUGGGUCCGGCGUCUCCAGCCGAGCUAAAAGAAGACGAAAAAGUCGAAAGCGACAGACGCAUCACUGACAGAGAAGGCCGCAUGCUCCGCCACCGCGGCGUGCUGCGGUGUACAGACGCCGGCCGCCGCCGCCGGCUCGCGACCUUCUCGCGCCAGCUUCUGGUGUACGUACAGGAGGAGGAGCGGGCGCUGAGAGCGUUCGUGGAGACGCAGUUUUCUCCUGCAGGACGAGCAGAGGCAACUGCAGCAAUUGCCACCGCCCAAGAAAGACUGACAGUCGGCAUCGCGGCUGUUGAACUUCCUCUUUUGUGGAGGCAUCUGGAGUGGACUCUCUCGCAGUUCCACGCCGUCGUCACGGGGCUGCUGCGCCUCUCGAGACUCGCUUUCUUCCUCGGCACUCUCUGCGCCGCUCUCCUCGCGUUCGUCAUCGUCGCCAUCUUUCUCUGGCGCAAGGCCCAACCCUUCCGCGCAUCCGAGGGCGCGAGAGACACUUCGACUCGAGAAGCCUUCCUCUUGUCAUUCCUCCCCAUCUUCUUCCAGUUUGCAGGGUGCUGCUGCGCCCUCGCAGUCAGCCUCCUCUUGCUCUCCUCGGCGGUGUCUCUCGACUUCGUUCUCCUCCAACUUCCAGACGAAGCUGUCACGGAGUCGCAGACGCCUUCAGCCUGGAUCAAAACCCCACAGGGAUUGUCUAGUCUCCUCGCGUUCGUACCUAACGCAGCUCCGCUAUCGCCAGCUCUGUUUCGUGAGUCUCUGUCGCAUUGUCUUUGGCUUCCCGUCGAGUCUCUGGAGCCUGCACCCGUUUCUUUCCUUCUGGCGGAGCGCCAGAAACUCCGAGACUUGGUCUACCAGGCUCUGCCGGCCUCGAUUCGCACUAUAUUCGGAGAAAACCUGGAAGAAGCGACCCAAGUCGCGUUCGCAGACUGGUGGCAGCGCGCAGACGAGAACGGAGGCGGCUCUGUUCCGCCAGGAAGAAGUAGGAGAGAGGAGGAAGAGCGAGAAACAGCAACCAGAAGAGAGGCAGAUGAUGGAGAAAGAAGGACAAGGAGCUCUGGCGCGUUUGCCAACGGCGACAUGCAAGGUCCCGAUGACCGAGACGCGGUGUCUUUCCUGGACAGAGGAGAGAACGCAGAUCUGAUCUCAGGAGUGUUUUCGGCUGCGGCUUGGCAAGGCGAACAGCUGGCGCGCUCGAUCGAGAUCAACAAAGAGCCGCGAAACAGCGCGACAAGGCGGACAGACUUCUUCGCGCCAUGGCGCACGCUUCCUCUGGGAGUUGUCUCCAAAUUCGCGAACGUUUUGGAUCGCGCUGCCUCCAGUUUGACGAAGCAUUUGAAGGAAGAAGUUGUCAUUCGGGGCGAAGGCCACAGCGGCGGGGUGCGAAGGCGCAGGCGAGACACAGCGCGUGUCUCCGCGACGCAGAGACUGUCGCAAUCCGAGCCUGUCCCUCUCGAGUCUCCGGAGGGUUCGUGCUAUCCUUCUGAAAGAGAAAAAAAAGACGCGACGCGGAAAAUCAAUCUUCUUUUUGCGCGCGUCAUCGAAGCUGCUGCUCAGAGCGAUGGCGGCAGCCGCGCCUUCAUUCAGGCUCUAGAAGGCCUUCGAGGAGACGGCGACGGCUCUGAAUGGGAAAUCAUUCAUCUUUGGCCGCCUUUGACGUCGACUUCGCUGCUGCACACUUCACCGACAGACGGCGUAAAUGCUCGCUUGCCUCGCCUCCUGCAAGAAGUGACAGGAGACGCCUGGGCCUUCCGAGGCGCAGCUUUGCCUCCUGCGUGCGCCGAUGCGCCCGUCGGACCUCUUCACUUUCCCUCCUUCGAAGCACCGGCAGCGCAGCAGGCAGAAGGAAGAGACCGAGAAGGCGAAGGCGAACAGCCAAUGAGGAAAAAGCAGCAGUUGAGCGCUGCGUCCUCUGAGCGGUCAGACGGGUCUGCAUGGGAAGCGGGCGACUGGUGGCGCAUGCAAGGCAUGCCAGGAGAGAAGAAGCGGAAAGACAGCUGGCAAGAAGGAGGUGGCGAAGGAGACAGCGGGGCGUGGAACGGCAUGGUGCGGAUGGAAGGUCAACCUAAACGAUGUUUCUACGUUUCUCAGGAUAUCACACCGGAGCUCCUCGUCUCCCACUUCGGACAGGCGCUGCCUGAGCGCCAGUUAGAGCGUUUGCUCCUCCUGUUCGAUAGCGCCCGAGAGAUCGACCGUGGCUUGCAAUUUAUUCGACGGGUACAUGCGGCCGAUGCCCCUCUGCUGAAAGCGCUUUCCACGACGCCGGACAUUCUUCGCGCUUUCGAAGGUCUCAGACGACGCGUGCGGGAGGCGGUGAAUCGGAUUGACGGGGAAGAGCGGCAUCUGCUGCAGAAGAGCGACUGUCGGUUCAUGGCGGACGCCACAGCCGCUGCAGAAUCUCAUACCCGAGCCUUUUGGGGGUUCCUAUUUUUCGGGUGUGCCUGUUCCUUGCUUCUUGUCACCGCUGCCCUGUUCAUCCUCGUCAAGAUACACUUCCAGAGAUGCCAAGAGGAACAACUUUUGCAGCAGGUCCGACGGCACGAGCAGCAAGAGGCUGCAGUGCUUCUGCAACAUCACCUUCCCACCGGUGGCCUGACAGGGGGGCGUGCGUGAGGGGGGCUAGAAGAGAAAGUUGAUGGAAAAGGCCAUGAAUCAGUGGUUUCUUGGCUUUUCGGGAAGUUGCACUAAAGACAGCGGCCGACACUUGUGCAAGUGCCAGACUUGGCUUAGUGUCACAUUUAAGAGAGCAGGCACAGAUGCAAAUUUGUCCAGCGUUACAUAGGGAUGACCCACAACUGUCGUUAUUCUGGUUUGUUUUGUAUAGCACGAUUACACACAAGCACAACUGCGUCCUCCAACUUCCCAACAGACCAGAAACGUUCUACGCAGUGGAACUAAGUCGGCAUCAGCGCCCGACUGUGUUUGUAGCAAGGACCUUUGUACUCCAUGUAAUUACAGGUAUCACUCUAGCUACUAGAUACAUUUCAGAAGCAUCUUGCGCAUUUGCUAGCGUUCCACAUCUAGUAAAAAACAGUACCAGCAGGACGGGAAUUCAGAACAUUGCAGCCACAAUAGCACCUUUUAUCGUUUUCUUCUACUGUGCUUAAAAUAUACACUGGCGACUGUCGUUUUGCUGGGAAGCACCACGCGGCUGUAUCUCGCCGCUCCAAAGAUAGAAAACUCCUUGUCGACUAAUCGUCAUGCGUGGAUGUCGGCACGUUCAGGGCUUCAGCGCCCAGGAGUACCUGCCAUACCUCCAGCGCAGACUGUCAAACAAGACAACAUGCUCCAACGCUGCCACCAACAUACAAUCAUGCAGCAUUUAUUUGUCGCUGGUUCGGAUAUCUCCGCUGGCGAUAAAUGGUUGGACACGCUUGAGAUCGCUAGUCCCCGGAUUGUACCAUCACAUCGUCUAGUAACGGACACACACGUAAGAAGUUAGCAAGAAUCUGCACUGGCGGCAAUCUUGCCAAUCCAGGUGUCCGCCUGGCUGCCGUAGAUACUGAACGAAAAGAUUGCACGCACCCUUCCUGGUAGAAGGUUCCUCUCAAGUUCUUUGCAAUGCCGUCCCGUGUGCAAAACAGUUCGUUUCGCAAAAGCAUACGGAAAACUUUCGGUUCUUCAACCUAGCCUUUCUGUUUCCCGCCGCACUGCGGAAUUCUAAAGCCGCCAAGUGAAGAGAACCAACAGCCGAUCUCUAAGGCAUGUGAUACGUUGAAAAACAGGUGCCACCGUGCUAUAACGUAUUUGCAGAAGACUCCGUUCCACGCUACCGACUAUUCUGCACGCGAAGUUGUCUGUUUUUAUGGACAGCGCGUCCUUGUUUAGGAAGACUUAAUUAAAAUUCCAAAUCGCUAGAGACUGCGGUGUCCUACGGAGACUCACGAUUUCGUUUUGGCACUCGUGCGUGCAAUGGAGGACCAAACAGUGCCACAACCUCUGCCGAACCUCGGAGCGGCGAGGAAAAAACGGAGAUGGGACCCCUUAACCUACAUCCGGUGGUGUGAAAACGGUGAGGCAAUCACUGGCGGUGAAAAAACUGAGAAUUCGGCCGGAGAGUGCGACGCCGGCAUGCCGGGAGUUCCGGAGCACUUUUUUCGGAUGGGGAAAAGGGGACUUCAUUCCAGGUUGUCCGUCACUCCGCCUAUCUAGAAACGAUCCGCGUGAAAAACCGGGGUCCAAAAACCGGCGAAGGAUCCCUU